GAGUCCGACAACGACGAUGAGCUUGUAAACAUCGUAAAUGGAAUCGGUAAUGGCUCGAGAGACAAGCCGGGGCUGCAAUGUCCUCGGCCUCAUAAGAUGAUGAGACCAAAUGUUCCCAAGGUCAAACCUGUGCCUGCAGGGUCUUCGGCUGGAACGAGUGCAACGAUAUCGAGUACGGUUUGCAGGGCGAGAUCUGAUGAAAAAUAUAUGGCUUUACAAACAGUUAGCCGUGCCUUCAAGUCCACAAAUCCAUUCUUUUUGGUUUUCAUGCAACCAAGUUAUGUAGGUCCUAUUACCAACCAUAGAUGUUCAGUGGGAAUACCAAAAGAGUUUUCCAGAUUAUAUCUCAAGGACAAUGGCGAUGUUGUUCUCUGUGAUUCUGAUGGGAAAACUUGGGCAGCUGAGUACAUGUCGACAUUUGGAAGUAAUGGACGGGCAUAUGUGAGACUCUGUAAAGGAUGGGGUGAUUUCGUACGAGAUAAGAACAUACAAGUUGGUGAUGUUUGUGCCUUCGAGUUAAUUAAUGGCAAAGAAAUCUCAUUCAAAGUUUUUAUUUUCGAAUGUAAGAAGUCAUAUUUUCAUGGACCACAAGCUUUUACUGAUGUUCCUCCCUGUCCGGAACAAAAAUGUAAAACCGAAACCUCGUCAUCAACUGAUCGACAAUGCCAGCAGCCACUGGAGGGCGGUGAAACAGCUUUCGGAAGCACAUUGAUAGCCCAGGAAACAGCUCUUCAGAAAGCUCUGGCUUUCACUUCUGAGAAUCCUUACUUUGUUGUUGUGUUACGAGCAUCAUUUAUGAACCAUUCAUUGCGUAUACCGAAACCCUUUUCCAGGAUACAUUUCGAGAGCUCCGUCACCAACAUCAAUGUAAACCUAUGUCUUUCGAACGGGAAAUCAUGGCCGGCAAUGCUUCAUCAGAGAAGCAACAUAGGAAGUCCAAAAGUAAGAAUACAUGAUGGAUGGAGGACAUUCGUCGAUGAAAACAAUUUACAAGUUGGUGAUGUAUGUGUCCUAGAGAUGACAAAUCAUGACACUGAAAUCUCCUUCGAAGUACACAUAUUCCAGGCCAUUGCAGAUGCAAAAGGACCUUUAUGCUGGACUCCACAGCGUCAUAAAGCCGAUAUAGAUAUGGCAUCAACCUCAAGGUCUCCAUUGUUCAAAAGAGUUGUGCUGCCAGUACACCUAAAGGAAAAACGUUUGGAAAUACCGUUUGCGAUUUUUGAGCGAUAUUUAACUCCGGAUAGCGAGAUGGUGAGACUUAAGGUUGAAGAUAGAUGUUGGCCUGUGAAGAUAAUGAGCAACCGGCGAUGUCGGCGAGCUAAACUCACGAGGGGUUGGAUCGAAUUUGCAAGGGAUAACUUACUGAAAGAAGGAGACGUAUGUGUGUACGAGGUAGAUACAAUGGUUCAUGGCUUGUUUAAUGUAUCCAUUUCCAGGUCUUGUCAUUGAACUUGUAACGAAUUC